AUGUCGACCACCAACUCGAUGGCGGCGGCAGGCUCGACCUCCACACACCCUUCCAUCGCAUCCAGCGCCCCGUCAACAUCCAAAAACCAGCUCUACUCGCUCGCCUCGCGCGUACCGCUCAUCAAAUCUCCCUCUGUCUCCCUACCCAAACCCAUCAAACUCCCGCCGGAUCUGCACCCUUUGCCCGCUGAUAUCUCUGCCUACUUUGUCUAUCCUUUCAGCCUCGAAUCGUACGUCCUGGAUCCGAACACGCCCAGCUCGGCCACCGUGGACCAGCUGCUGGCCAAGCACCAGCAGUAUCUCGAGGCUAGGCAGAGGCAGAAGGAGGACCAGCAGCGAGAGAUGCUGAGAAGGGUAGCGCCGGGAUGGCAUGGUGACGUAUUGCUACCAACGACGAGCAAUAGCGGCGCGGCGAUGAGGGAGGCGCAACCGAUGGAUGCGUCAGCGGCGGCGGUGGUGGCAGGGCCAAAGGAUCCGCAGCAAGCAGAACCGCUUCCGCAAGAAAGAACGCCCUUGGACGAUCUGGCUGAUCACCUGGCUCAACUCGACGCUCUGAAUGCUUCUGGUGCGCCACCUAGCUCGCAUCAGUAUCAUUAG